CUCGUACUCCUUUCGGACGCGGCUCCAGGUCUGAAGAGCUGCGGUGUGGGCGUGUAAAUAUAAGAGGGGUGCUCUCAAGCAGAGCACUCGAAAAUGACCAAAAAGAGAAAACGCCAAGAUGAUUUUCAAAAAGUAAAACUGAAAGUUGGUAAAAAGAAGCCCAAGUUAGAAAAUGCUACUGCUACAAACUUUAAAACAAAGACUAUUCAUCUACCUGAGCAACUCAAAGAAGAUGGAGCACUUCCAACAAAUAAUAGAAAACUUAACAUAAAGGACUUGCUGUCACAGAUGCAUCACUACAAUGCUGGGGUUAAACAAAGUGCUCUUCUUGGACUUAAAGAUCUUUUGUCUCAAUACCCAUUUAUAAUUGAUGCACACCUUUCAAACAUAUUAAGUGAAGUGACUGCUGUGUUUACAGAUAAAGAUGCUAAUGUACGAUUAGCAGCAGUUCAACUUCUUCAAUUCCUGGCCCCCAAAAUACGAGCUGAACAAAUUUCUCCAUUUUUUCCUUUGGUAAGUGCCCAUCUCUCUAGUGCCAUGACUCACAUUACUGAAGGAAUUCAGGAGGACUCUUUAAAAGUUUUGGACAUUUUGCUGGAACAGUACCCAGCUCUGAUUACUGGCCGUAGCAGUAUAUUGCUUAAGAAUUUUGUAGAACUUAUUUCUCAUCAGCAGCUGUCCAAAGGACUGCUAAAUAGAGACAGAUCCCAGUCUUGGAUACUUUCUGUAAAUCCUAAUCGGAGACUCACUUCUCAGCAAUGGAGGCUGAAAGUCUUAGUGAGACUCAGUAAAUUCCUUCAGGCCUUGGCAGAUGGAUCCAGUAGGUUGAGAGAAAGUGAAGGACUUCAGGAACAAAAAGAAAAUCCCCAUGCCACUAGCAACUCCAUUUUUAUCAACUGGAAGGAACAUGCCAACGACCAGCAACACAUCCAGGUUUAUGAAAAUGGGGGUUCACAGCCAAAUGUCAGUUCACAGUUCAGGCUACGGUACCUGGUUGGAGGACUAGGCAAUGUGGAUGAUGGCCUAUCAUCUACUGAAAACCUAAAAGGAUUUAUUGAGAUAAUAAUUCCGUUGCUAAUUGAAUGCUGGAUUGAAGCUGUGCCUCCACAACUAGCUGCUUCUGUUGGAAAAUGCAUAGAACGAGAACCUCUACAGGUUAUGCAGCAAGUUCUUAAUAUUAUUUCUCUCCUGUGGAAACUCUCUAAACAGCAUGAUGAAACUCAUAAAUUGGAAUCAUGGCUUCGAAAGAAUUACCUUAUUGACUUCAAACACCAUUUUAUGAGUCGUUUUCCAUAUGCCUUAAAAGAAAUAACCAAGCACAGAAGGAAAGAGGCGAAUAAAAGCAUCAAGCAUUGCACGAUUCUCUCCAAUAACAUAGAUCAUCUCUUACUGAAUUUAACACUCUCUGAUAUCAUGGUCUCCCUGGCAAAUGCCUCAACUUUGCAGAAAGAUUCCGGUUGGAUAGAAAUGAUAAGGAAAUUUGUUACCAAGACCCUUGAAGAUGGCUCUAGGCUGAAUAGUAAGCAGCUGAACAGAUUGCUGGGUGUAUCCUGGAGGCUGAUGCAGAUACAGCCAAAUAGAGAGGCCACAGAGACUCUCAUUAAGGCAGUUUAUACAUUGUAUCAGCAGAGGGGCCUGCUUCUUCCAGUUCGAACUUUGUUACUGAAGUUUUUCAGUAAAAUCUAUCAGAAAGAAGAAUUGAAAUCUUACAGAUUCAGAUACCGUAGUAGAGUGUUAUCCCGUUGGCUGGCAGGUUUACCAUUGCAGCUUGCUCAUCUUGGCUCUAGAAACCCUGAGCUCUCAACACAGCUUAUUGAUAUCAUUCACACUGCUGCAGCACGAGCAAAUAAAGAAUUACUAAAAAGUUUACAAGCCACUGCCCUUCGAAUCUAUGAUCCACAAGAAGGCACUGUGGUGGUUCUCCCUGCAGAAUCUCAGCAGCGUUUGGUUCAGCUUGUGUACUUUCUGCCAAGCCUGCCUGCUGAUUUGCUUUCUCGUCUAAGUCGUUGCUGUAUUAUGGGAAGACUCAGUUCAAGUUUGGUUGCCAUGCUCAUCGGGAUACUGCAUAUGAGAUCAUCAUUUUCUGGGUGGAAGUAUUCAGUUAAAGACUGGCUGAUGAGUGAUGUGAACUACUUCAGCUUCUUAUUUUCUACACUUACAGGGUUUUCCAAAGAGGAGCUGAGCUGGCUUCAGAGCCUUAGAGGAGUGCCUCAUGUCAUCCAGACACAGCUUUCCCCAGUACUUCUCUACCUUACAGACUUGGAUCAGUUUUUACACCAUUGGGAUGUAACAGAGGCAGUUUGUCACAGUUUAUUGGUUGUCCCUGCCCGAACUCAGAGCUUUGACAUCCUACAAAGUGCCAUCAAUAAACAUUUGAAAUCUGUGCUGUCCUUUGACUACAUUCAUUAUUUUAGAAAAGACCAACAUGCCAGUCAAUCUUGGCCACUAUUUGGAGGCAACCUGAUAGAGAAGAUUAUGAACUCAAAGUCUGCAGAUGCCAACCGCCCCCCCCCCCCAGAUUACUCAGCAUGUUUCUAGGAGAGUUGAACCAUGUAUAUAUGUAUAGAAGUUAGAUUCUACCUGAAUGUCAGUGCAGACAGUGCAGUCUGGAUGGAUUAGCUAGCAUACCAUGAUGAUCUUGAAGUGUGUUAGUGUGAAGAUAUUUUGGAGUGCAUGAAACAGUUCUUUUAAAUAUUAUUUUUGACCAGUAGGUAGAAAUUACAACAUCUAGAAAAUCUUAGAUUUUGUCUUGAAGGGGAGGCAGUAGAUUGGGUUAAUAGCAUUUCUUGAAUUUGCAUGAGUUCAGUCAUUGAACUUUGGGAUUAAAAUUUUAGAGGAAAACAGGAUCUUAUGGUGUGGUAGGUGGCAUAUGUUAUGUAUGUAUUAACUUUAAGUAGAAGGUGAUAUAAAGUUAACUUUCCAAUAUAAGGGGGCUUUGGAUUGAUUUGGGAGUGGGGGCCGUUGUAAAGAGGUAAUUAAUCCCAUUUUUCUUUGCUCAGGUUGAGUUGACUGUAAUUCCUGACAGCACGGCUGGCUGUGUUUUUGGUGUUAUCUGUAAGCUCCUGGAUCAUACGUGUGUAGUUAGUGAGAAUCUACUGCCAUUUCUGGCUUCUUGUUGCUACAG